AUGGAUAUGGAUGUACCAUUGCUGGUAGGUUAUCUUCCACCGAAACUUGAGAAACUAAAAUUCGAAUGGAAAUCAUUUUUUAAUGAACCAAUCUUGGCAGGUGUUCUUCCAAUUACAUUGAAGAAACUGAAAUUUGGUGAACGUUUCAAUCAACUACUCUCAUGUAUUACCAUCAUCAUUAACAUAUUUAGAGUUUGGAAUCGAUUACACUCAAACACUUCAAGUUGGAUCACUUCCUCAAAUCUUAGAGCUCUUGUUCAUUAUGGUAAAAGUAUGAUAUCGGAUGGAGUAUUACCAUCUUCACUUUGUACAUUAAGAGUAUCACCUUUAUCAUGGAUCCCAUUCAUCAAAUCACUGAACAAUCUCACAACGCUGAUACUCAUCAAAACUGAUGAUUUGGAGAGCACACUAGAUUUGGCAGAUCUACCAGGCCCCCUCACGAAUUUAGAUAUUAAUAUUAAUAUGAUAUCGAUGAGAUAUUCAAAAAUCGGUCACAAUAUCAUUUCGAAAGACUAUGUAACAAUCAAUUUCAUUGAUUCCGAAUUUCCGAACACUGUUGAAGAAAUCGUGAUAGAAGAUUGUUUUGGUUCAGAUAAAUUCUCAAGUAAAUUGAUUCCAAACUCUGUAAAAUCAAUGACUAUUCCUUCUAAUAUGAUUGAGAAUGUUUUCGACCAACCCAAGUCAGUAACCAACUUUUGUUUUAUCAAUUACAAUUACAUAGUGGAUCUUAAUGUUCGAAAGAUAUAUGAUAAUCAUUACCUUAUUUUUGGUCAAUCACAAGACAAAUUCAAUGCUGCAAUUGUAUCAAGAAUUUUAUCUCAUUCCAUUUAUAAAUAA